AUGGAUAGCGGGAGUAGGAACGGGUCGCAUACCAACCACGACAGAGAUCGACACUCCAAUGGUACCAAUGGUGAAGUAAAAGCUUCCGAGAAGGGACGGGACAAAAAUCAGGCACUAUCGGAGCCUCAGCAGAAUAUGACACCGAUUAGUCCAGCUGUUCCCAAUGGAAUGAACGGGAAUCUCACAGAUGGCCCAGCGCGACAGCAGAACGCUGGGGAAGACCCAAUUCCAAAGGAUAUUCUGGAUCGUAUACAUGACCUUCCACCCGAAGUCGAACAUAUCACAUUCAACUUCCUAUCCUUAACGGAGCUUUUGAACCGAUUGGCACAAUCAAGUCAUAAUGAACUAAGGCAGGAGAUCACAAAAUUGGCAAGUAUGCCAACACCGCAAUCAGCGAUCAACGGGAGCUCAUCUCAUAUCACCAAAGAAGAUGAUACUUCUAACGAUAACGUGAACAAGAAGGUGAGCUUGCUAGACUUUGCCCAAACUCAGCAUAGUCGUUGGGUUAAGCAACUGGUUUUACUGGACUGGAGUCGAAAAGCCGAUCAAGUUAGUAAAAUUAUUGACUUGAAUGUCCAUCUGAUUCACAAACGAGGGCUAUAUAAUAUUAUUCUGGCACAUAUUGGUGACGUAAAGAAGAAACUAUGCGACAUAGAUUCACCGAGUCCUGAUCUAAAAACUGCAGUAGAGGUUUUGUCAACUGGAAAAGCCAAUUGGAUGCCAGACCUUGGCUAUAUUCCUCCACCCCCAAUGACUUCCAAGGAGAUACUCAAAUCCUUAGAAAAAUUGAAUACUCUCCUAUCUAUUCGCCUGAACCUUCACGAGAGACAAGCAGUUGAACUCUCUAGAAGUACUUGGAUUGAUGGUGUGAAGGUUGAACCACUUCACCGGGCACUAUGUAUUCAGUAUUGGUUGGAUAGAUACAAGAAAAAUGGACCACGAAGUUGGAUAAUCAUAGGAGUACACAGUGGACGGAGAAAGGAUGGAUACCAUGAUCCUAGAACGACGAGCCGACUCUUCAUAAGAUGGUUUCGGGAUUCAAAAGAAGUCAAAGACAUGGAUAUUCUAUUUGAUACAGUCAACAUCUCCGCCGAACAACUCUUAAAGACUGUUAUUGCAAUGCAUGUCAAUCACAUCUUGAGAUCGACACAUAGCAAAUUGGCUGCUGAACCUAUAUUUGCCAAUCGCGAGGCGUCCUUGUCAUUACACACAUCCAAGACUGAGCCAAAGGAAUCUGUACUUGGAGUACAAUUGACAGAGAAACAGCAUUUAUCAAUAACCAUAGAACCGGUCACAGGAAUUUUUAUUUUCAGCCCGGCAUCUCGGAUAAUUACCUCAUCACAGAAUAAGCUUAAUAGUCUGGACAGAGAUCCUGCUACGGAUGCCCAUUACAAUAUCGAAAAUCUCCGAUGUCUAGCUAUAUCCGAAGAGCUCACGAUCCUCGGCACUAGUGUUGGAUGGAGAAGGGCUGAUAAUCCUGGAAUAUCACGAGAAGAUCUGAAGCGGAAAAUUCCUAAAGACACAAAACAAAUCACUUGGUUCAGAAGACCUGGAUGGCAGGAGGAUUGGCUUGUUGCCGUUACAUUGGGUAUGACUGGGGAGAGUUGGUGGCUGUUCCAAACAUCGAAACAACCGACAGGCGUCAAAGUUUUAACCUCUAUCCACAUACCCAUUAAAGCCGUCUCACCAACACCCUCUUACGUAUUCAUGUCUACUCUUCAUAUAUUCGCUGGGGGGCUCAUCUCGCAGUACACUAAUCUCAAAGCUCUUCAUGAUAGACGCAUCCAUCAUACUAUUCGACAAACUGGCCUACCUUCACCGGUGAAGCUCCCUUCAAUAUGGAUACAUAUUUCUGAACUCUUCUCGGCCAGGGCGAAACCCGCAGCACAGAAAACCUGGGCGAAAGAUUUCCUAAAACUUAGUUUUCAAGGGCUGGAGCCGUUCUCCGCACUGUCAUCUCUACCACCCCAGUCACCAACUGAUGAUCCACAAGCCACUAGCCAUAAGCUGGAGCAGAAGGCUGUACUAGUCACGGUAGCGCGCAUGGCAGUACCCAUCCCAGCUCUUUCGGUCUUGAACGAAAAGAUAGAUAAAGAUAUUGCUUUUAAGGCCCAAACAGGAGAAAUCGCUUUCAGAUUGCGAUCUCAAGUUGGCAAAUCGAUAAUUCCAUCUCUGACUGAGCGUUUAUUUCAGGUUGAGCGGCUUAUUUCUUGCACUGCGGUCCUCCGCAAGCAUGAAAAGUUCAUCAAAUGCGACACUAUUUCACUACAAGAAAUCACAUUUUCUUAUGGGAUGCCGCCACCAGCUGAGACGGGAUCGGACAUGGGUGCAGAUAAGGCAAAAGCUCGUUCAUAUAAAGCGGUGGUCAGUUUAGGCUUGGUUGAAGGCAAAAUGAAACUUACUUUAGAGACGGGUAACCCACAUAUACGUGUUUUGGAUGCCUUGGACAAAGUUUUGAACAUCCCAAAAGGGGGAUUCGAUGCAGUCACAACUUUACUUCCACAAACCCUUUCUUGUUUGCGGGCUUUCGAAACCAUAGAAGAUGCCUGGGCCCCCCUUUAUGAUAAAGGUGAAGUGUUCAUAUUCGUCAGAGCUUUCGAGUGGUUCAACCUUCGUUACAUCCUCAAAUCAAGCACUCCAGAUACGCCUCCACGAAAAGUGUCAUUUGAGAUUAAAAUGUGUCAUCGAAAGCAAAAACCAUGGUGGCUUGUACGUCGUACCGAAAAGACUGAGAGGGCUGGAAAAGAAGAAGUACUACCAGAUGAUGGAAUUGAUGCGUGUUUGAAAUCUGUGUGGGACUCGCCGGGAGAUGAUGACUGGAAAGGCAUGCGUACCAGCGCUGUUGGUCGUAAUCGUGGUAUUGAAACCUGUCUGGAAAAAGUCGAUGCAGUAAUCCGGAAUCUCUCCCCAGAGGACCUUAGUUUGCAGCCCUCGCAACAAUCUCAAUCCAGAAUGCAGGCACAAGCUAUAGGAUCACAAGGACAACAAUCUUCACAUCUCCAACAACAGAGACAAUCACAAUUACCUACGCCAGCAAAUUCCCAGAACCAUUCUCAAAGUCACGGAAGUAGCCAAGGACAUCAGCGCAUGCCAGCUCCAAACAUGAACAUGAACUUGAAUAUAAAUCAGAAUAUGUUGAAGAGAAAACCUUCCAGUCAAGGCAUUAACCCAAGGACGGCGAAGAGAGAAGUGGUGGAGAUCGAUUAA